AUGUCAUUAACAUUACUCGUUUAUCUCCACACCUUAGGUUUCGGGAUGACGACACCAGCAACCGUGGCUGGAAAAGUAUUCCUCAUCGUUUAUGGCCUUUUUGGGUGCGCUGGGACUAUACUUUUCUUCAACCUCUUCUUGGAGCGCAUUAUCUCUCUCCUGGCGUUUAUCAUGAAGGCGUGCCAUGAGAGACAGCUGCGAAGAAGUGGUCUCCUACCUCCCAACUUCCGAAGGGGGCCAUCUAUGUCGGGGGUGGGCAGCCUUGUGGGGUGGAAGCCGUCCGUUUACCACGUGAUGCUGAUUCUGGGAAUUUUUGCUAUUACCCUUUCCUGCUGCGCCUCUGCAAUGUACACAGCAGUGGAAGGAUGGAACUAUGUUGACUCCUUGUACUAUUGCUUUGUCACCUUCAGCACCAUUGGCUUUGGAGAUUUGGUAAGCAGCCAAAACGCUGCAUACCAAAAUCAGGGAUUAUACAGAUUUGGAAACUUCAUAUUUAUAUUAAUGGGGGUAUGUUGCAUAUACUCUCUUUUUAAUGUCAUCUCAAUCGUAAUCAAGCAAGUUUUGAACUGGGUGUUGAAAAAAUUCGAAUGCAGAUGUUGCCCAAAGUGCCAUAAAUCAAGUGCCCACCUCAGACGUCGCAACGCCAUCACCCCAGGAGCCCGCCUACGUCGACAUAACAUCUCAGUGGACGCUGAUGGACAGUAUGACAGCGACACCGAGGGAAGGAGACUCUCUGGAGAAAUGAUCUCCAUGAGGGAGCUCACGGCAUCGAAUAAAGUCUCGCUGGCCAUUUUGCAGAAGCAGUUAUCUGAGACGGCCAACGGCUACCCGAGGAAUGUUUGUAUCAAUACAAGACAAAACGGUUUCUCUGCAGGGGUGGGUGCUCUAGCCAUCAUGAACAACCGCUUGGCAGAAACGAGUGAUUCUAGGUAG